CUCCCUGUAUAUACUCAGUCUGUGUGCUAUGCGGUAUAAGGGCACUCGGGUCACCCCACCUGCAGCACACAGACGCUGUUCAGCAGACAGUCCUUGAGAUCCUCCUUGACCCCGGCACACGGGUGCCUGUCCUCCACCUUGUCCUCGUAGUAUCUCGGCAUGAUGGCGGCGGCUCGCUCUCCCGGCAGUGAGAGGCUGACACGGUUUUACAGGCUGCUGGUUACGGGCGGCGCCAUAUUACUUGGCACAAUGGCCGCUUCCGUCGCACAUUCUCUGCGUAUUUCCGCUGCUAUGCAAACAGGUCCUGCCCGGUCGGCGGCCUCGCCCCUCCCGCCGGGUAUACUGAGCGCCUGACUACCCUGAUCUAGCCACAGGCAGCUACCGGUAGCAGCCGCCGCGUUUGAAGAAUGUGACUGUUUGACAGGAUAAACGGAAGCAGUGACCAAAGACUACAUUUCCCUGCAUGCCUUGCGUUUCCGGCUGGCUCCUUGCGUGACGUCACGAGGCGCUACGUGUUCAGGGCUGUGGAGCAGGAAAUUGGGGCUGUCAGGGGAGCCGAGCGGCGCAGGUGAGGGUUCCACAUCCCCCCCCCUCCCCCCCCCAACAUUCCAUCUUAUCACUGUCUGAGACCGUCAUAUAGUAUCAGUAGAGAGAGAGAUAUUAACCAUGAGCCAUUACAGGGCUAUUCACUGCAGUGACAAUUUAAGGAUAAGGGACACUAUAGUCACCAGAACAACUGCAGCUCAAUGUAGGGCUCCAGCCUGACCCUGCAGCCCUUUCAAUGUAAACACUGCAUUUUCAGAGGGAAACAAAAUCUGUGUUUACAUUGCUGCUUAGUAACACUGCUAGUGGCAGUCACUCAGAUGGCUACUAGAGGCGCUUCUCUAGGUAACAUUCAGCAUCUCAACGUUCUGCAUGGAGACGCUGAAUGUUCCCUAUAGAUAUGCAUUGAUUCAUGCAUCUCUAUGAGGAAAUGCUGGUUGGUGCAGUGCAGCUUUCUAGCCUCGGAGAUGAUCAAUUUUGGUGUCUAAAGUCUGUCCCUGCAGGUAUUGUGUUGUAAAAGGCAGUGUUUUCAUUGCAGCCUAGGAAACCUGCAGGGCCCUACAGUGCCCCUCUCCCUCCCCUAGUUGCUGAAGGGGUUAAAACCCCUUAAGUGACUUACCAAUGGCGCUGGGUCAGGCUCUGCCUACUCUCCCCUCCCCCCCCCCUCCUGCCGACGUCAGCCGGCAGGGGGGACCUAAUGCAUUAGACCUCCCAAUAGCUCAAUGUAGCAUUAUUCAAUGCUUUUCUAUGGGGAUUUUGGUGACGCUGGAGGUCCUCUCAUAGUGUGAGGACAUCCAGCGUAGCUUAAAAGACUUUUUGUGUUCUAAGAACACGGGAGUCCCUCUAGUGGCUGUCUGAUACACAGCCACUAGAGGAGGACUUAACCCUGCAAGGUAAUUAUUGCAGUUUAUAAAAACUGCAAUAAGUACACUUGCAGGGUUAAGGGUAGUGGGAGUUGGCACCCACACCACUCCAAUUGGCAUAAGUGGUCUGGGUGCCUGGAGUGUCCCUUUAACCAGUAUAGCUUAUAGUGGGUUACAAUACAGUACUCAUUUAAAACAGUUGAUUUACUUGUAUCGACUCUCUAUGAUAAUGUUCCUCAUAUGUCAUAUACUGUAAAUUUUAUUGAAGUCUUUAUUUGCAGAUCAAAAUGCUGCCAACCACAUCUGUAAAUGCUCGCUCUCAAGGCAAUGGUACCUUAAGCUCUGGAGAUGCAGCAAGGCACACAGCUGGAGCCAAGCGUUACAAAUACAUAAGGAGACUCUUUCACUUCAGGCAUAUGGACUUUGAGUUUGCUGUUUGGCAGAUGCUCUAUCUUUUUACUUCGCCGCAAAGAGUCUACAGAAACUUUCACUACAGAAAGCAAACAAAGGACCAGUGGGCAAGAGAUGACCCAGCAUUUUUAGUUUUGCUCAGCAUAUGGUUGUGUGGUAUGUUUCAAACCGUCACUGAUAGCAAUCUUUGAUUGUUCACACUGUGCGUAUUCAAUUCGGAUUUAUGUUUACGUUCUUUAGUAUCAUAGCACCUCAAAAAAAAAAUCUAAUUACUACACAAGACUGAUAGAGUCUGGAGAUAAACCCGCCUUAAAUAAUACUGUGUCUGUCCGUUAGUGAAUGAGAUGGAAACCACUGCAUUACAUCCAAAUACAAGUUAAUGUUUCCAUCAACUGAUUGUUUUUAAAUUAGAUAAUAUGAGUGUGUGCAUAAUGUAUUCACAUUUAAUAACUGUGUGUAUGUGUGUGUGUGUGUGUGUAUGUAUGUAUGUAUAUAUAUAUAUAUAUAUAUAAUUUUUUUUUUUUUUUCCUCAAUAGUGAUGUGGGUGGAAUAUUGGGUAGAAAUUGAAAAGUACAUCAGUUAGCUUUACAAGCUAUAUUAAAAUGUUACAAUGAUGGUAAUUCACCCUUGUUAUUGAUACAGAAAAUAAAAAAAAUAAUGCUUUUUUCCCCCAGGUUUUCUUACUCAAUACGGGUGAGUGGAAUAGUGUCCAUUAUACAUUUAUUUCUUAAAUUGGAACAUUGUAUACACUUUAAAACCGAAAACUUGGUAUUUUAGAGCGUAGAUUCACUUUAAUUAAAGAUCUACUAUAGGCAUCAAAACAAUUUGAGCUUAAUAGACCAGUUCUGGUGGAUAGAGCAUGCCUCUGUAGUCUUCAUAUUUAAUUAUUUUCAAUUUGUGAGUUAUUCAUUUAUGUAGCCUUUGUCACAGUUCCCCUGGCUGUUACUAAUGCAGUCUGCAUGAAAAAAUUAUUUCAUUUUCAAUCAGAUAUUAACUUUAGAUGAUUUCAUCUCCUGCUCUGCAAAUUGAACUUUAAUCACACACACAAUGCAUUUCAAAGUGUAAAAGGCUAUUAACAGAGGAGGAGAUAAGACAUUCUAAAUUAAACACACUGUGCAAUAAAGGAAGUUUAAACAUUCGAUCUCUCUUUACAGGAAGUGUUUUGGGAUGCAGUGUAAGUCACAUGCAGGGAGGUGUGGCUAGGGCUGCAUAAAGAAAGUGGUUUAACUAAUGACAAAAAAUUAGACAGUGAGACAGCAGGGGCAUGAUCUAUACACUAGAAUUUGUAUGAAAUACUCCUCUUGAUCAUGUUGGUAUUUCACUAAAAAGAAUUCCAACCCAGUCAAGAGAUACAGACACAAACUAGGGACUGUAUUUCUCCUAGUCCUUACUUUCUUAGGCUCAGGGCAGAGUCUAAGUGUCAAUCCCCAUAGCAGUGAUGUUGGCUCCUGGCCCUGAAGCACCGUUAUCUGAAGAGGAGCAGAGCGAAAAAGAUGGCGGCGCCUGCGAGUGACCGGUUCAGGUAAGUAAAUCUCACCUUACCAACUCCCACCGGACCCACAUCGGCAAUGUCACGAAUUCAUGGUGAAUCUGGCAAAGUUCCCAGAUGAUGACAGUGCUGCUUUAAGCUAAAGUUGUUUUGGUGCCUAUAGAGUCCCUUUAAAGUAUAUUGCAGUGAUGUAGUGAUGGCACUGUCUCUUUUUACAUGGUUGGAUAUAAUCAGAAUGUGUAUUGUUUAAAGUGUCUAACAUAAAUAAUGCAACUUUGUCUCUUCACAGUGUCCACUCUUGGGUUUGGAUUUGUCCUUGAUAGGGGAUUUUUCCAGACUUUGAAACUCUUACUCUGGGUGGUGUUCGUAGACUGCGUAGGUGUGGGAUUACUGAUUGCAACAAUCAUGUGGUAUGUAUAUUCCAUUUACUCCAUAUCUCUUGCAUGUUUGUUUUUAUUACAGUUUCACAUGUACAUAAUCCUAUAAAAACAUAAAAUGACAUCUUGUGCAGAAAAUGUUUUGCAGCUAAAUAAAAGGAAAAAAAAAACAUGAAUGCAUAAUCUGCUCAAUAUAAUCAUUUCACAAUACCUUUAUAUCGUGACAGUACUGAAACAUCAUGAAGUGGAUAAGGGAGGGUGUAAAAGGGCUAGCGAAAUGUACAAAAAAGUUUAAAGGAACGUGAAAUUGUUAUGGUGCCUGGACGUACUGGUAGCUGACUUAUAACUGUGUUAUACCGUUAACAAUUUAUUUAAACCCAAACAUGAGCAGAUGGUGUCUUAUUGCAGUCUUCUUUUUGCAAUAUCCAAGGAAGCCUUGGACUGGGCACUGUUGAGAGGGUCAGCUGAUGCACUUAAUUUAUCACUAGCUUUCCAUUAAGAAAGCUGUGUAAGAAAAGUACAUACUUUUACAUAAGAAAAUGUUCCUUUAAAGUGAUACUCUAAGCAUCAAAAUAACUUUACCUUAAUGAAGUGGCAUUAGUGUUCAGAUCAUACUCCAGCAGUAUCACUGUCAUUUAGGAAUGAAAUUACUUUGUUUUAGCUUAGAGUGUACCUUUUAAAGGACAAUAAAGGAUAAAAAUUUUGGCAAAUAUUGAAAGAUAAUUCUAAUUUAGAAAGUGAAUUUAAUUCAUGGUACAAAUUGUAUUAUCAGUAAGAGAGAAACGUGGACGAAUUACUGUUUAUGUAGCACUACAUACUCUGUGAAUUUGUCAGUCAUGAUAAUUAAUGUUUGUGUUUUUUUUGUUUCUUUUUAAGAGUAAACUACUCUGACAUGCAUUGGUGCAUUGAUCUAACUACAAUUUGCACUUUUUUUGUUCUAUGAGAACUGAAGUUUGAGAAACAGAGCAAAUGUAUUUACAGGGAAACUUAGCUUUUAAAGAUAGAUAAAAAUGUAGUGUGGUAUCUUAAAGUGUUUUUCCUGAUUGUGUUUUCUGCUUGGGACAUAAGUGUGUAUAUUACAAAUGUAUAUAAUUUUUUACUUUUGUAAUGUGGUGGCUGGCUAGCAAGUGCUGGCCAGCCAUCACAUAAUUAACCCUUGCGCCGACCAAAUUCAUCCUGCAAUAGCACUAUUUUAGUAGUCUAUGUAAUAUAUUGCAACAAGGUUUGACAAUUUGCUUUGUAUCGAGGACCCAGCUUUACAAGUUAGGAGACCAUUUUUCAAACGACAAAAAUAAAAUUCUUAAAGGAGCACUAUAGUCACCACAGUCACUGUAGUUUAAUGUGCAGUGGCUUUGGUUUAGCCUGUUCCUUUAAGAAUUCUAUUUUUGUUGUUGAAAAACACUGUCUCCUAACUAAAGUGUGUCCUAUCUCAGUGCUGCACAAUAUGCAGUACCUUCAUUCAGCGUCUCCACACUCUGCGUAGAGGUGCAUAACGUUCCAGCAUCCCAGCUAUGGUGACGUGACCAGAAGGGCAUGUUGUUGGAAAAGGCGAUUAGAGGGGAGCUUGUGACCUAGACAGACAAGUACACACACAUACACAGACAGACAGACACACACACUCUAACAGACGUAUGUACAAAGUCAGACACACACACUGACAGACAUAUGCUUUUUUUUAAGAUACUGGACUAAUACGGCUAAUCCAAUUUACGCUAUUUCUAAAAAUUAUUAUUUGAUACAUUCAAAUCGACACACACAAAGAUUCAUAGAUAAACACGUCAGAUAUACACACAGACAAAUAAAUACAUAUUUUGUCAUCCUCCUGUUAUCUACUUUUGUGGGUGCCAGAGGGUGGCUUCCCUGAGGUCCAGUGGGACUGGGAGCAGGUUACAGUGGAGCUGGAUGCCACUGAUGAUUCCCACCAGUGUCUGUAUUCCUGUGCAUUGGGAGAAAAUGAACUGAUCUACUUUCUCCCGGCCUUGAAUCAGCGCAGGGGAAAGGGCAAGCGUGCGUGCGGCUCUGCCAAAUGGGCGGACGGGAGGCCCUGCCAAGUGGGGCGGGCAGUGAGCAGAGACGGCUUAACCUCAGCCCCGGGAGGAAGUAGUUACAGUUUCCUUCACUUUCUCCCGUUGCGCAGAAAGCUAGAGAUGGGAAGAGGAGGGAAUGGGUUGACAAAUCCCAGGCACCAAAACAAAAUUUCACCAUGACAAACCUGUAUUGUGUAAUAAUUCUGAACGCUCAGGGAAGUCCCAUGCGUUGAGGACGCGAAGCUUUGAUGUUUAUGACCAGGCCUGUGAUAAAGAUUUAAACAUCCUCUUAAAGGUACACUCUACGCACCAUAACACAUUUUGCUUAAUGAAGUAGUUUGGAUAAUAGAUCAUUCCCAUGCAGUCUCAUAGCUCAUUUCUCUGGCAUUUAGGACUUAAGUCACUUUGUUAAGGCAGUCCUAGUCAUACUGCCCUGGCUGUGACUCACAGCUUCUCCACACACAUCUUAAAGAUAUCUAAUGUUUAAACUUCAUUUUUUUAAAUUUAGUAAUUCUUCUGCUCUAAUUGCCUAAUAGAGCAUACAACAGCCAACUGUGUAUAAUUAAAGGUCAAUUAACAAAACAGAAAAUAUAAAUUUCUAAAAUAAACUCACUGUGCUGUAAAAUGAAGAUUUAUUUUUUUUUUCUUCCUUUUCAUGGCAUGAGUCAGUCAGAUGCGUUGUGGCUAAGAUUGCAUAAACAAAGUCUCCUAAAUAGACUGUGUAUUGAGCAGUGAGACUACAGAAGCGUAAUCUAUGCUUCAUGAACUGCAUAAUCAUAAUGUUGGUUUGGUGGAGUAUCCCUGUAAUGACACCAUGUUGUGACUAGUUCACUGUAAACUCAUACAUUGAUUAUGUAUCUUGUUAUAGUAGUUAAUGUUUACUCACUUGUGUAGUUAUUUGUCAGCUGGUAUAAUUUUUGUUUGUACUUGUAAUCCUUCAAUAGGUUUGUUUCCAACAAAUACAUGGUCAGACACCAGGGAAAGGAUUAUGAAGUGGAGUGGGGUUAUGCAUUCGAUGUGCAUCUAAAUGCCUUUUUUCCUCUACUGGUUAUCUUGCAUUUUGUCCAGCUAUUUUUCAUCAAUUGUAAGUAAAGCAACAGAGUUGAAUUUAGUAAUGGUGUUGUUCUAUUAUGCUUAAAAGAACACUGUCAGAAGUCGCAUACCUUUAGGGAUUAAACUUUUAAACAAAGUCUUCUCUAAAGUGUUGUUUACCUCUGUCCCAUCCUUCCACUUCACUCAGAUUUUUCACACAGAAAGUCUCGGACUACUUUGGACAGGGGUGCCAUUGGCUGAAAGCACCAUAAAAAUGGCUUGAGAAAAAUAUGUAUGUUUCUCAAUGAAGAGCUACUUAAUUGGUUAAGAGCAUCAGUGGUGCUCCUAUCCAAGGUUUUUUGUUUUGAGAAGCAGAAGGGUAGGGGCACAGCUGAAAGGUGCUAGAGAAUGGUUAAACCAUUCGUGAACAGUUUAACUCCUAAAGGUAAUCUAGCGACUGUGAUCUCCUUGCACUAUAACUACUUUGUUUCAAUGUUAUGGUGCCCAGAGGUUCAUUUUAACUUAACCAUGUGAUGGCUAAAUGCAAGUCUACUGAGUACCAAAAAAAUUCAGAAUUAUUUAUUUAUUGUACUGGGACAAAUUAUUUGUAGUCUUUAGCCAUGUCACAUAAGAAGAAAAAGUGUUGUAAUGAAAAGAUUUAUUUCCACAAAAAAAAGCAGAACAGAAUUCAUACAAUUUAUUUAAAACUAUUGGACAAAUAAAUGACAGAUUUUUUGGAAUGCAAUUUUAGCUCACAAUUGGGUUGAUUUAUUAAAGGACCACUAUAGUGCCAGGAAAACAUAUUCGUUUUCCUGGCACUAUAGUGCCCUGAGGGUGCCCCCACCCUCAGGGUCCCCCUCCCGCCGGGCUCUGGGGAGAGGAAGGGGUUAAACUUACCUCUUUCUCCAGCGCCGGGCAGGGAGCUGCGCGCUGAUUCAGCCAGUCCAUAGGAAAGCAUUCUCAAUGCUUUCCUACGGAUGCUGGCGUCUUCUCACUGGGAUUUUCACAGUGAGAAGUACGCAAACGCCUCUAGCGGCUGUCAAUGAGACAGCCAUUAGAGGCUGGAUCAACCCUAUUCUCUGAAACUGCUAUGUUUAUAAAAAAAAAGGGGGGGGGGUUAAUCCUAGAGGGACCUGGCACCCAGACCACUUCAUUAAGCUGACGUGGUCUGGGUGCCUAGAGUGGUCCUUUAAAGCAUUGUGUUCUGGGAAAAAAAAAAGGUGCAAAGUACUAAAAGUGAGACAGUCAUCCUGGAAACAAGUAGAAUCAGAAGGCAUGUUCCAUUGGCCACUACUCCCCUUUUCCAUAUUUACACUUUACACUUCAGGACUACCACUUUGAUAAAUCUCUCCAGAAUUUAUAUUCACUCUGAAAGUGCGAAUUACAAUUCCAUAUGUAAUGUAUACCUUUGCCUUGCAGAUGUGAUCCGUUCAUGGUUUCUAGGAUACAUUGUUGGAAACACAUUUUGGCUGGUUGCAAUUGGAUAUUACAUCUACAUCACAUUCCUUGGAUACAGUAGUAAGCCAUUCUUUAUUGCUCCCAUUUUAUUUGACCCCACCUAAAGUGAUCUAAUCUAAACAUUUUGUAAGAUGUAAAUAAAAUAGUGACCCCCUUACCGAAAUGGGGAAAAAAGUCUGCUUUUCUCCACUUUUUUUUUAAAGAAAAGAAAGGCUGUGUUUUGUGUUUAGCUUUGUAAUAUGUGUGGUUUAAAGGGUUACUCCCAGCAUCAUAACCAUCACUGCUUUCUGUCGUGGUUAUGAUGUGAGACAUAUCCUGCCAGAAUUUCCUGUUAAUGGGGCAAACCGAUGCUUUCUGUGAAUAGAAAAUUCAAGCUAUUUAAAUGCUUUUAUAAGUCAAAGUAGCUCUAAUCAACACCUUCAAUCUUGAUUGAAAUUGGCAAACCUGCUGUCUAAUUAAUGAAACUCUAAUUUCUAAAUAGAUUGUUAAAAUCAUUAACCUAGUGGUCUCCUACUUUUUCCAACGUAGACUUUGAAUAUUUGAAUGUUAUAUUUAUAUAUCCAAUAUGUACAAGAACAAUACAGUAAUGUUUGUGUCAUUAGUUAAAACGCAUUGUGAUGGUUGAUUACUAUAACUUAGAUGAACAUCAAACCCGAAUUUUAAGACUGUUUAUAAAAGAUCGAAAUUAUGUAUAAAGGGUUCACAUACUUUCUCUUGUCACUGUUUCUGUGUUAGUAUGUUUAUACAGGUAAAUUAUUUCAUACUUAUUGAUAUUUUCCUUUCCUGGAAAAUAUCGGUAAGUAUGAAAUAAUUUUCCUGUAUCCUGGCCAUAUCCAUGGCAGCACUUACUCAUGGGUUAUAGCCAAAACAAAAAUCCAAGGGUGGAAAAAUAAUAAAAUAAAGAGAUUUAACGCUGAUGAGAAGUUUUAUAACAUUAUUUUAAGAACCUGAAGAACAGCUUUGGCAAAAUAUGUAUAUAUUGGCGCACGAAGGUUUAAGCUGUAGACCUUGAGAAAGAUUGAAAUUGUGGACCAUGUAACUGAUUUGGUCAGGAGCAACACUAGCUGCAGCUGCCUAGCAAGAUGAUAAUGCCAGCAUAGGGUGUACUCUAAGGCCUUGAGGAAUAGGAAUGUCUUUGGACUUGUAGGCCAGAGAAAUAUCUGACACUUUUCAUUUGCCAGUAGUAGUGGAUGAGGCUUUUUCCCCACUCUCUUGCAUGCGAGGGUAUGACGAACAGGACAGAUGACUUCUUCCAAGUGCAAGUGCAUUGAAAAAAAUGUUUGGGUACCUGAGAAGAUCCAAUUUUUUUCAAGUUGGCAUCAUCAAGAGGUUAUAGGGAAAGAAGACACCACUUUAGGUCUGAAAUCAGGAACAGUAGCUAGAAUUUGUCACCAUAAAAAUAUAUAUAUAUAUAUGGUUCUUCUGAUGAUAAAGCAGGUAGCUCAGAAAUCCGUGACCAAUAGCUAGUGCCACAGAGAGCGGCCCCGGUAUCAGGAUGUCUUUUACAUAAUGGUAAAUCAUUAUGCCUUGAAGUAUGUUUAGAGCUUUAGUGGUGACUUGAAUCUUUGUGAAGACCCUUGGUGCAGUACUGAGGCUGAAUGGCAUGUCUCUGAUUGGUAAUGAAUCUCUUGUAUCCCUGAGGUCUACUGAAAUCAUCCAAUUGUUUGGGCAACUGCAUUCUUGAUUGAUGUUAAGGAUUCCGUUUUGAAUCUUUUUGUUAAUAUAGUGUUGUAGAGAUCGUGGACAUCUAAAACUGGUCCCUACUUUUCCUGAGGAUUCAAGGCUAAUAAUAGUCUUGAAUAGAACCUUACCAACCUUAACACACAUCCUAAACUGCUCUCUUCGAUCUGGUGUUGUCCCUGCUCACCUUAAGCAUGCUACAGUCGUACCCAUCCUAAAAAAGCCAUCCCUAGACCCGUCUUCCCCUUCCAACUAUCGUCCCAUAUCCCUACUUCCUUUUUCCUCAAAGCUUCUAGAAAGACUAGUCUUUACUCGUAUGACUCACUUCCUAAAUUCCAACUCCCUCCUCGAUUCUCUUCAAUCUGGCUUUCACCCCCUCCACACUACUGAGACUGCUCUUAUUAAAGUUACAAAUUACCUAAUCACAACUAAAUCCAAAGGCCACUACUCCAUACUAAUUCUUCUUGACCUCUCUGAUGCCUUUGACACUGUUGAUCAUCCUUCUCCCAACUCUUCAAGCCCUCAGUCUCUGUGACACCGUCCUCUCGUGGUUCUCCUCCUAUCUCUCCCAAUGUUCGUUCAGUGUCUCCUUUUGCAAUGAUCCUUCCUCCUCUCGGCCUGUCUCAAUUGGAGUCCCCCUUGGUCUCCUUCUUUUCUCUCUUUAUACUGCCUCUCUUGGCAAACUCAUUAACUCCUUUUGGAUUCCGCUACCAUCUGUAUGCCGACAACACCCAGAUAUAUCUCUCUUCCCCCCCAUCUCUCACCCGUGGUCCUACAACGUGUCAUUGCUUGCCUUUUUUCAAUCUCUGAUUGGAUGUCCUCCUGCUUUCUGAAACUCAAUCUCUCUAAAACCGAGCUUCUUAUUUUCCCCCCUGAUAAUGCUGAUCCUCCUCCUUUGCUUUCCCUGCAAGUUGAUUGUACUGGCAUCAGUCCAUCCCUGCAAGCCUUUUUGUCUUGGUGUUAUCUUUGAUCCUGACCUCACCUUUGCAACACAAAUCCAGUAUGUUGCUAAAAUCUGUUGAUUCCACCUUAAAAACAUCGCCCGCAUCCGACCCUUUCUCACGCAAGAUGCUGCCAAGAAGCUUGUUCAUGCUCUGGUAAUCUCUCGCAUGGAUUAUUAUAAUUCUCUCCUAGUUGGUCUCCCCAGAAGCCGAACUGCCCCGACACAAUUAGUAAUGAAUGCUGCCGCCAGGCUGAUCUUUCUCACCCGUCGCUCCUCCCAAACCUCACCCCUCUGUUGAUGCUUACACUGGCUUCCUGUAUCCUAUAGGUGUCAAUUCAAAAUACGAACCCUUACCUAAAAAGCUCUAACCAACGCUAGCCCCUGUUACAUUUCUUCCCUGAUUUUAUAGAUAUGUCUCUCUGCUCUGCUGGUGAUCACCCCCUGUCCGCUGCUUACACCACAACUGCUAACUCGCGCUUGCAGGACUUCUCGCAGGCGGCUCCGUUCCUUUGGAACAGCCUGCCUACCCCCAUCAGACACUCCCCUAGUCUUCAAUUGUUUAAAAAGUCCCUCAAAGAACAUCUGUUCAGAAAUGCUUAUGGACUCCCAGAGUAACAUAUUUAUACUUAUCCAAAUCUGUCUCAUGCUCUCCUAAAGAGCCACACUUCACUCUCCCCUCCAGCUCUGCUACUUUCCCACUUUGUUUGGUGGCCCUGUUGUGUUUUUGUACCCCACCUCCUCUAGACUGUAAGCUCAUUUGAGCAGGGUCCUCAUCUACCUAAUGUUCCUGUGUCACUGUGUAAUUGUCUCAUUUAUUGUAAAUUUCCAUCCCUUUCAUAAUAUUGUAAAGCACUGCGGAGUUAGUUGGUGCUAUACAAAGCCCAAUAAUAAUACCUUGAAUAUCUCUUCCUCCGGAACUGGAGCUAUAACUUGACCUAGUAGGAGAGACGUGAUGGAAUCUAGGAAAGCUUUUAUUUUUUUUUCCAGUCUCCGUAGGAGUUUCUGACUUCCUAAACUGUUAAGUUUAUGUAGCGUCCCUCGAAAAACAGUUCCUUUCACCCCGGAGUCCUGAAUCUGUAAGACCUAAACUUCUGUGAAUUUGUCUGGCUCCUACUAUUGAAGAUUGGGUCUCUUGCCCAUCAUAAUGUCUUGUUCUGCUGAAAGGAUUAGUGUGGGAUCUCCUCCACCUCGCGCCCCCUGACUGGUAGUAUAUGGUAUCUGAAUUAUCUCUUCUCUUAACUUUGUGGACCAUUCUAUUGACUUAACCAUAUUUUUAACAUGCAGUCAAACAUGACACUCGGCAAACCCCUAACCAGAUAAGGAAUUUCAAAUGUUCCAGCUCAAUCACACCUGGUGCAACUAAUGAAGCACCUAUUUUGCAUAUUUGUACUGUUGUGAGGGAUUCUAUUAAGGGGGUUCAAUAAUUUUGAGACUUAAGUUAUUAUAAGUUCUAUUUUCUGCUGAGUUUGGGGAAACCACUUGAAGCAUUUGUUGUAUUGAGCUAUUUUAAUUGCUUUUGUUUUUGUUCAUUGCAAACCGCUGAAAGUCUGUAAAUUUUGACUACAACUCUGUGUGUGUAUGUAAAAUAUAUAUAUAUCCUCACACAGUUGUAGUCCAAAUUUACAAGCUUUCAGCUGUUAUAAUAUACGUACACACAAACUUAUGUUAAAAUAAAUUGUGUGUGUGCUCUAGCAACACCAAAAUAAAUAAAUAUAUAUAUAUUAGAAUAACUAUUUACUUUGGAAAAAAAUAUGAAUAUGUAGCAGUUAUUUUUAUUUAUUAAUUUUCUUGCUGAAAAAGAACCAAACAGUUUUCUCUGAAAUAAACUAAGCUAAAUUACUGACUUUUUUUUUUUUUUCUUUUCUUUUUUUUCAUUUUAGCAUUACCAGUUUUGAAAAACACAGUGAUUCUUCUGUAUCCAUUUGCUCCUCUCGUCCUGCUGUAUGUCCUCUCAUUGGCCUUGGGGUGGAAUUUCACAGAUAUGCUUUGUACUUUUUAUAAAUACAGAGUAAACUGAAUAGAAUUGUUUUGGUUUUGUACAGAUUGUAAAUAUGAUACAUAAUUGUAGAUAAAGGUUAUGAUUUAAGAUUUUUUUAAUUGUUUUCUUUUCUUCUGUGGUAAACUGAUUUUGCUAUUAGUAUUGUACAUGUUAAUGUUUGUUUUUUUUAUAUUUUAUUGUAAAAAGUCCCAAUACUUAAGAUGCACAGUAAGAUUGAUUAAAUCACAGUUUGGUUUUUUAAAUUUCGGGGUAUUUUAGCCUAUGUAUACACUGGGUUCAAAAGGGAGGACCGGGUUAUUAUUACUUUUUCCUGACUGAAUAUCUGUAAGAAGAGCCUUUUAUUCUGAGUCUUACCACUGUGCCUUUUAUGCAAAAUAGGGUUUGAGCACUGACUGAGAUCCUAGUGCAGGGAUCGGCAGCUUAUGUCAUGUGAGGCUAAUAGACUCGAAUGGGCCAGAGGAGGAAGUCAUAAAAUCUCCCCAGCUAGCCCAGAGUGUUCCUUUACAAGCACGAGGGAGUCCAAGAUCUGCACCUCCAGUGAGGCCAGACCAUUUGUACCUCUCUCUCCUGAUGCAGGGUAGCUGACUGAUUUGAGGAGAGCUUCCUUGGGUUAUCAUGGCAAUUCUCUAGCUCAGUAAAAAGCCAAAGAGAGAGGUUCAAAUGGUCAGUACCUACCAUAGAUCAACAUGUUCAGGCUUCCAAAAGGUAAGCAAGAUAAUUUUUGUAGAUCUUUUUUAUUUAGCAUUGCCACAAAGAAAUUCCUCAUCACCACCACCUUGCCAUGUCAAAGUAUUAUUUUGGCAUAGUAUUACUAAAAUGUUGCCUAACUAGUGUGUUACUGUUCAAUUUAUAGUACUUCAUGCUUUCAGGGAGAAUCUGAGCCUCUUUGUUUAAGAAGUACAAGGUGUACUGGUGGGAAUAAAUUUUUAUAUCCACUUACAGUAUUGUGCUUGCAAAUAUUGCAGUGGGGCAUCUUUCACUCCUGUGACAACCCAAGCAUUGUGGUGUGGAUAUUGAGCCCAUGAGAUGGUCUGGGUGAUUCCCAUGAGGGAGGGAGUGGAAAACAAACAGGCAUAAGUUCCUUUGUGUCCGAUUGCUCCUUAACCAAUAGAUAGGUUAGCUUUUCUACCAGAUAUACAUAUGAGUAGAAUUCCAUUUGUGAACAGAGCCUAGACUGCUGCUUUAAUGAAUGCAGGCCUUAAUGGUAAACACUUCCUUUAUGAACAACAGCAGAAAUGAUAUGUUGGUUAAUGGCCCUAGCUUGAAGCAAUACAUGACCCACACAAGCUGUGUGUCAAGCAACCAGUGUAGAUUAUAGAGUGAGAAAAAAUGAGUCAAACUUUUACAGAAGGGACAGCAAUAUAACUACUUUACCUGAUCAAUUCAUGUGAAUUAUGAUCUUGGCCAUAUGCACAGCAGCAUUAAGCUUAUAGCUUCCCUCUAAGGCCACCACACUACCAGUGUCGACAUUCACAGUUAACGCUAGACUGCUAUGUGUUGCAGUGGUUUAUGUAAAUACAUACUAUUCAUGAUAAUUGUGUUUACAGUAUUAAGGACCUUCAAAUUAAAGUUUUAAUAAAAAUAAGAAUAAAGUGUUCAGGGCCAGUGCAAGGAUUUUUGCUGCCCAUCAUGUGACAUCACAAUGCCCCACCCAUAUGAUCUGCCAUAUGGGCCAAUGCCAGUUCUGCACACAGAGUCUUUUAUCUGAAAAGGCAGUGUGUUUACAUUAAAAAGCCUGCAGGGACAGGCUAUAGACACCAGAAUCACUACAGUAAGCUGUUAGGGUUCUGGUGACUAUAGUGGCCCUUUUAAUGUGAGGUCAAUUAGAGAUUAGUGCCACUAAUAAUAUAUUGGAUUGCCUACUUACCAGAUGAGGAUGAUGAUGAUGGGCUCAGGCUGCAGUCUGGCUCCAAUGAUGUGGUGUAGAAGAGGCUCUCUGGAGAUUGUUUGUAACAGUGCUCACAAAAAUCAAGGAGCAGGAAGCAGCUCCAUUUUUUUUUUUUUUUUGGCCCCCUUACACCACUCAAGGUUUGGGCCACCAGGGCCUGACCAUGAGUAUGCCUACAUGGCCCACUCAUGAGUUCGCUCAUAGGGAAUGGAGUGUGUGUGUGUGUGUGUGUGUGUGUGUGUGGGAUGUGUUAUUGUAGAGGAUGUAAUGUGUUUGUGUUCUUAUAGAAUGUAGGGUAUAGGGAUACAAAUUUGUGUUAGGGAUGUACCGUGUGUAUAGGGGAUGCAGUGUGUGUUUGUGUGUAAGGCAUGCAUUGUGUGAAUCUGUGUUUGUAUGUGUAAGGAAUGCAAGGUGUGUUUCUGUGUAUAUAAUGGAAUGCCGUGUGUGUCUUUAAGGGGUGCAUUGAGUGGGUGUAAGAGAUGCAUUUUGCUUCUGUGUGUGCGCGCAUAAGGGGUUCAUUGUGUGUUUUGGUGUGUCUGUGUGAGAGUAGGGAUGCUUUGUAUGUUUCUUUGAGUGUGUAGGGAUGCAUUGUGUAUGUGUGUAGUGUGAAAGAGAGGAUUUGUGGAGUAAGAUAGUGGCUGAGAGGGGAGCAGCUCUUUAAUUUUUUUUUUUUUUUUUAGUGCUCUCCCCCUCCUGUCAAUUAGUGAUCUCACCUCCCCUCCUUUCCAUUAGUGCUCUCCCCCUGUCCCUCAGAGCUCCCCCCUCCUAUCCCUUAGUGAUCUCCCCUACCCCUCUGCCCCUUAGUGCUCUCUCCUCUCCUCCCUUAGAGCUCUUCAUUGUCCCUCAGUGUUCCACUCACUGUCCCUAAGUGGUCUUUACUCCCCCCUUAGUGUCCUCUCUCUCCCCCACUGAGUGAGCACUUCCUGUCAAUCUGGCCCGCUACCGGGUACAGGAAACAGAAGCUCCUCCUGUACCGUGGUCCUUCCCUCCUGCCGAGUCAUCCAAAUCUGGUGCGCCCUAGGCGACUGCCUAAGUCACCUAUAGGAUGCGCCAGCUCUGCAAGUGUUCUUUCCACCAAAACAACACUUUUAUUAGUAAAAUCUAUCUGCAGAAGAUAACAUUUUCAUACCAAAUAUUCUUUGCCAUAUGUACAGUUUAUGUAUUUUAUUUGUGUUUUUAGAAUAUUCACUAAACUGUAAACAAAAAUUGACCUGGGAUUUAAAAUAUUAAGCUAAAAUAGCUGUGCUGGAAAGCCCCAACUGUUCUUGUUUUGGACUAGACUAGUGAAUAAUCCAGGCUCUAUUUGGGAAUAUGCUCCUGAGCCCUCUUUGGUGGGGUCCAAUUUAUGCAUUUAAAUUAAAAUGAAUCAUAGGUGGAGCUUAAAUGGUGGUAAUAUUCUCAAAGCAGCACAAUAAGGGAAAUCAUUCCUCUACUUUAGAUGUAACAAAAACAGGACUUUCAUGAUCAUAGGGAUUUAAAACAAUGGUUGAAUGUUGGGGUUUAAAUACCCUGUCUUCUCAUAUUUAAAUUUUAUAAUUCCCACAUUUACCCAAUGACUACAUGGAUUAUCAUGUUAAUGAGUUUGUAAUUAAAGUAACCAUGAUCAAACAGAUGGUCUUAACAUCUGGCCUACUACGGCCUCAUGAGGACUUGAGUUGUUUGUACAGCAAAUAUCAUUACUGCUGUCAGCAGUAAAAAAAAAAACAUUAUGAUUACAUUUAAUCUUAUUAGAUAUCCAUGCAUGAUGGGAUUAAGUAAGGUCAUAUUUAAUACAAUACAUUUGAAUUACACAGAAUAUGUUCUUUGGUGAUCCCAAACACUGCUGUUACAGACACAAAUGGAAAAUAUUCUAGAUAAUGGGAUUUGUGUUUUAGAGAAAAGGCAGACCAAGAGCAUUUAUAUAGUAGCAGGCACAAUAAGGCCUCGAUGGGACUAGCUUUAAUCACAGUAUUUUCAUUCCAUCUGUGCAUCUCCCUUAAAGUAUUUCAUCUGAAUGUAUUUGCAGUAAUGAGAAGAUGUGUUAAAACCCUAGGACACAUUCUCUUAUAUUCUAAUGCUCUUGGGGGGGGGAGGAAGAGGAGAGAAUAUCCUUUUGGCAUAGCUGAGUACAACACACUGGCACCACUAUGCAGUUUGACUCGUUUGCCCCAUAGUCAAGCUGGCUCCCUUUUUUGGGGGGGAUAUCUGGAAUUUAAAUGCCACAAGGAUAACAAAUAUAAGAAAUAUGGCACUUUUAACAAAAUGCAUUUCACAUGAAAUUAAUGUUUUGCAAUGUUUGCCAUCACAAUCAAAACUGCAUCGAAAUUUGUUGAAAAUGCAACAACGUAGGUAAAUUUGCUUUAAAAACAGAUCCCAUGACAAAUUAGAAAUAAAUAUUUGUAUAAUCUGCACAGAAUAAAUGCACUGUACAAAUGGGAACAAUGCACUGUUUAAUGGAAUAAUAAGAUUAUGGUAAUAUUUUAUAAAGCCUGUGACAAUUGUAUGCUUUUAUUCCAGGGUUAGGCAUUUUAAACAAUUUAGAAUAUUUUUCUGACCUAAGUUAGAUGUUUCGUAGCAGGAUAAGGGGCUGUGUUGAAAAUUAUACAAAUAUUAAUUUUGAUUAUAGAAAAAAAAAAUUCUGUAGGAAAGCUAUAGUUGGAAUUAUUUACAUUUUUUGUGUACUUUUGUAUGCUUCCAGCCACACAGAGGCCUUAUGUACAUGCAUGUUUUUCUGUCAUGGAGGAUGCUUCUUUCCUACAUGUUACUACAGAGCAUAUUACACAUACAAUGACUACAAUUAUAAUCAUAUAAUACAGGUUGUUUUUUUUUCUUCUAUACAAACAAAAAUGAAUGAUCCAUUAUUACUCAAGAGCUUAUACAAAAGAAAUAUUCUAUUUUAUGGCAUAGAUAAUUAGAAUAAUACGUGUGCAUGUUAAUAAAAAACAUCGCUAUUCUGUAAUGCAGCAUAUUCCUACAGCCUGUAUAGGAGCUUUUGGAGGGAGUUAACUCUUGUGCUGACAACUGGGUAUGUGUGACUCACUCCUUUGCAGCAAAGUGAUUUGUUAAAAGGGUUUACUGGUUUGAUAGAAAGCAUUAGAAUAUUAAGAUAUCUUUGAAGCAAUCACUUGUAUUAGCAACAUUUGCAUGUAUGUUUCAUAUGCCAGUAUGCCACCCACCUAGAUUGUUAGAUGAUCAGCUUUAUUCAGGCACUAAUUGAAAGAAUUCCAAGUCACAGAAUGAAUUGGAGAACAUGUGUAUUAUGUAACAAAUAGGAAAUGUGGGAUUGCUACAUGAUCACAUAAUUUACAGCGACACGUUGGAUUUUAUGUCGGUAUUUAUGAAUAAUUCCAGAAUUUCAAAUAAACUAUACAUCAUAAGGGAUUUUGACUUUCAUGAAACACCUAUGAGUUUAUGCACUAAAUAAUGCAUUAAUGUAGUGACAAAAAUCUAAAUGGCUAAAAUUAGCCCAAAAUAUCAGAGACAGUUAUAGCUAGACUAUUUUAGUCUAAAUUGUGCAAUCCAAUUAAAUUUUUUAGCUGCAAAUUAAAAUGAAAAAGCAUAUUCACUGAAGGAGUAUCUAGGUAUCCACAUAACCUAAUCUUCAUUCAUUUUGUGUUGAAGUUGCAGGGCUAAAAGGACACCUGCAACAUGAGAGUGCUUGUGUUGUGGCUACCCCUACCAAACCUAAUAUAUAGCACACAGUGGAGGUGAUUAAACCUGACAGUGUCUCUCACAGCAUUGGUGACGGAGAGUGCAACAAUGAUUCUAAGUGUGUGGACAAAAUAAAACUGUUCACCUCCUCCCUAAUCAUUAUGUGCGGAUUCCUAUGAAUCCUACUAAACAGGGUCGGGACCACAAAAUGGUCCUCCUGUUCCCUCACUCCAAAGGCAGUGGUGAGUGAUCUAAUUAGACAGACCUGCAGCUUCCCAUGUUUAUAUCAUAUUACAACAUGGAAAAAGGAAGGAUUUUAUAAAAUUAAUUGGCUCAAAUUAGGUUCUAACUUACAGAUUUUGGAAGGCUUUCAUUUGAAUCUAAUUCACACAGAAAUUUGGUUUGCUUAAGUUGGCUGAUGCAUUUUGGUAAUUCCAUCUGACUGAGUUCCUGAAUACCUCCCCCAAAUAAUUAUGGCUAAAUUAUUUGCUGCAGAUGUGUCCCUUAAUAAUUGACCCUCAACCUGUAUUUUUCAGAAACACAGACUGGUUCUUAUAUACUGAAUGUAAAGUGCAAUUCAUACCUUCUCUAUUGUAAAGACACAAUUAUACACGUUAAAGUAACAACAUUUUAACACAAUGGCUAAUACACAAAUUGGUUGUGUUUCAAUAGAAGAUAAGAGUAAGGUACUUGCCAGUCACCCUUAGUCACAUUCACUGGCAAGUAUAUACCUUAUUUUAUAUAAUACAAUCACACAGAAGUCAUGGGUAGCUGGAUGGAUUUGAAAUAAAUGUAUUUAAUUAUUACAGUAUCUGUGUAUUUAUUUAGUAAUAAUAUUAGAAGUAAAUAUAUUUUCUUUUUUUCUUUUGUAAAUUAGUUUUAUUUGUGUUAUCAAAGAAAAAAAAAGAAAAAUAGGACUCGCAGGUCCCAGGAGGCAUAUCACAAUCUGCAACAAUACAAGCACCAUUCAUUGGUGCAGUUAACAUGACAUGUGGGAACGUUUUCGGGCUCGCAGGCCCACAAUAUUGCCGGACUCGCAGGUCCCUGGUAAUUUCUAGCGUCACAGCUAUGGUUUUUGAGUGCACCAAUUGUUACUGUGUACCCAGGCGUUAGUCUGAUCGUGGGCGUUGGGGUGGGGAACUGUCCGGGCUCCGUUCAGUCCCGCUAGUGCUGUUUACGUGUCGGAAUUAUUCAGUCAUUGUUUGUGGCUCGUCUGGGUAUAGUAGGAUUAGUAUGUAUUGACCCGAGUUUUCUUUUUGUCGCGAGUCUGCGGUUCUGUCAUCAGAUGUCUUGUCUGUUCCUUCUGCGUAUCUGAACGGUUGUGGCAUGUCUCCUUACUACUUAUCCCCUUCCCCUGUCCUAUGACGUCAUUGUGCGUAGGUUUUUAACUUUCAUUUUGUCGUUUCGUAUUAGUCGUGUGUCUAGGUGUUAACUUGGGUGUACAGAGUUGCGUUGUCUUGUUUCUGGCGUUUAAUGUGUUUGUUGUUGUGUCCGUGGUAGCUUAGCAUGCGUUACUUGUGUGUAUUGCUGUUUUGUGUGCUCCUUGUCUGCGAUGUUUGUUAUGUGUCCUUUCUAUUCUACUCGUGAGUUAUAUCUGCCACUGGUGUGAGUGUCUCCUUUGUCAUCCCCGUUCCUGCAUAUUAUGUGUGUGUGAAGGCUUUCCCCGUAUGAGGAUAAGGAGGGGAGAUAGGUGGGGGUGGGAGGGUAGGGGAUGUGGAGAGGGAGGGCGGGUGUCCGCCUCAUCCCGAGCCGCGUCUGGGCCCAGUCCCCGGCCCGUCCCGGCUCUCCCAGCUGGGUGUAUCGUUUCUGCGCCUUGUGUUAAGAAAUGUACAAUAUCCAGGGUGUCCACAGCUCUGUAUGUUUUUCCUCCUUGCCUAUUGUUUCAGCUAUUUUGGCUUCUGCCCUUCUUAUGUCUUCGACUUUAGUCUUCCAUUGUUCCACUGUGGGUAUAUGUUCGUCCCUCCAGUGCAGUGGGAUUAGAGAUUUCGCCGCGUUUAGCAGGUGUAGUUCACCUCCUGGUAAUGGGAGCUAAUGGAACUUUUGUGUUGUAGGAUUAAGAUCUUUUCCCACUGGUUAUCCGCAAAAGGGGGGGCCGAGGGUGUCUCCAGGGAGUAUCCGAGGGCCAUUGGGCAUGGUUGCGAGCUGGAGCGCUAUUACUCAUGGAACGUGCUAAUCUGCCCCUUACAGUUUGUUGUGAGGAAGUAGUGGUGGUAGUGCCGUCAGGGCUUAUCAUGUCAUGGGUGUCAUCCGGGUCUGUGGUAUGUGUGGGGGAGUGCACUCCUCCACCCUGCGUCUUGUUAGGGACCUUAACAGAUUGGGCUUCCAGCUUGCCACCUCGUUUCUCAUCCAUAUCCCCUCCGGGUUGCCGUAAAGCGGGGCAAUGUCAUCUUUCAAGUGUACAGAGAACAUACAUUUGC